AUGUCAUCCGCCAAGUUCCUGGAGUGCAUAGAGGACUGCUUCCUCAUACAAAUGGUAGAUGUGCCAACUAGGAAUGAGGCACUGCUGGACUUGCUACUCACAAACGAAGAAAACCUGCUUUGUUUCUCAGUUAGUGAUAGCCUUGGCUGCGGUGAUCACAGUAUUGUGGAGUUUGGGAUCCUGCUGAGCACGCUGAAGAUGUCUCGGGAAUCGUGGCAGCCAAGCCACCCCACCGCCUUGCUCAUCCCCAAGGCCCGGGGACGGCAAGCGCAGCGUGCCGUGUACCUGCUCCUGGUUCUGUGCGCCGCAGCGCUGUACCUCACCGGGGAGCCCCUCAAACCCAUCUUCCACAGCUUCACCUCCCACUUCGUGGGCCUGCAGAUCGGGGUGCUGCUCAAGGGCAUCUGCUACCUGGUCGAGGAGAUCUUCCACCUCCAAUCCAGGUACCACGGCAGCUUCUGGAGGGCCCUGAGCGCCUGCUUCCCCCUGCACUGGCACAGGCCCAUGCUGCUCGCCUGUGGCUCAGCCUAUGUGACUCUUGUCAAUGGAGACAGACAGCCGCUCAGCUUCCACCUCGCCCUGGCCAGCCUGUGCCAGCUCCUCAACCUCGCUCUGGGGAUCCACAAGCCCUCAGCAGUGGAAAUGUCUGAGAUGUCUGAGAGGUCGAAGCGGAACGUCGCUCAUGGGCUUGCCUGGUCUUACUACAUUGGGUACCUAAAAAUAGUCCUGCCACGGGUGAAAAAGUCGAUGGAGGAAUUCAGCAGAGCCAACCCCAACGUGCUGGCAUGCAGGGAGACCUGGAAGCUCCACAUCUUGGUCCCUCUGAGCUGUGACGUCUAUGAUGACCUGGAGAAAGCUGACAGCAAUAUCCAGUACCUGACAGACCUCACUGAAACCACCCUGACCCGAGCUGGCACCAAAAAAAGGGUCUACAAACACAGCCUCUACGCAAUCAGGGAUGAAGACAACAAGCUCUGGCACUGCGCAGUGGAGUACGCCACCCCGCUGCAGUCCCUCUACGCCAUGUCCCAGGAUGAGUGUGCUGCCUUCAGCCGGGAGGACCGCCUGGAGCAGGCCAAGCUUUUCUACAGGACGUUGGAGGAGAUCCUGAAAGGCUCCAAGGAGUGCGCGGGUACCUACCGGCUCAUUGUGUACGAGGAGUUGGGCAACGCAGAGACCCACUUCUUGUCCAGAGACAUCCUCUGGCACCUCCGGCAGCAGCGUCACGAGGAGUACGCCGUGUACGAGGGGAACCAGCCUCACAACCUGUCCACGACCCUCAGCUCAGCAGAGCUCAACCUCCAGAUAAGUGAGUCAGACCUGCCGCAGCCUCUGCGAAGCGACUGCUUGUAAAGCACCAGCGCUGCCCAGCCCCGCACCACCGCUUCGGGGCUCCGGUCCCCCUUCCCCAAGCCCCUUCCUCUUGCAGCAAGUGCUGCCCGUGACAACGAUCCCCAACCUCCUGCAGCAACUGCCCACCAAAACCUCCUGUGCAUCAUGUUUACUGGAAACAGCUGACUGAAACCACAGUCCUGUGACAUACUUCCCAUUUUCUUUGUAAUGUAUGUCUCUCAUUAAUCCGUGGGUGGUUUUUUUAAUCUGCUUUGAUUCAUAUCAGAUAAAGCAUUUUCCUC